GUGCCAGCCUUGGUCAGGAACCUGCACCAGAGACUGACAGCCAGCGAGACUCUGGAAGAGAAGCUGCUGACAGAGUUCCUGAGGGUGACUGAGGCACACCCUGAUGAUGUUGUGGUGACCCUCCUGCGCUGUGCCCCAUCAUGUGACAGAGCUGCUGCAACCAUAUGGAAGACCAUCGCCUCAUCAGGAAGGACAAUGGAGAAGGUGCUGCCAAAGCUGCUCCGCGUGAUGGAGGACUGGCCACGGCACAGCACGUCCACCUCCGACGGGGACAACACACAUGUCUUUGGCCUGGCUGCAACCAGGGUGAUCUGGGAGAUUCUCCAGAUGCUGCAGUGCCCAGAGCUACUGAAAAAGUAUUCCCCCCGUCUCCUCGUGGAUCUGCUCUUCCAGAUUUCCAUCCACACAGAGCAGACACCAGAGGAAGUUGACACCUUGUGGAGGGAAUGCCAAAAGCAAGACAACCUUCCCACAAACUCCAAGAGGUUUGCAGUGCUGACCACCAAGGCCCUGCUUUGUCAUCUCGAGUGUGAAGAUGUCAUGGUUGCAAUGGAACAGAAGCGUGGCUGGGACACACUCCUCAACUCUGACACCCACCACUAUGCAGUGGGUCUGCUGGCCAGGUGAGACACCCUUGUCCCCGCUGCCCCUGUCAUUUCUGCCUGUGCACGGGGCACCCCACACAGUACCUGUGGUCGUGGGCCAGAGGGCCU